AGAGGGAGGGAGAGAGAGAGAGAGAGAGAGAGAGAGGGUUAAGGAUGCUGAAGCUAGAGUACUCGCUAUCUUCCCCGGUGGCGGUUCAAAACCCUAACCACUCCCUUCCGAGCAAAGCUAGGGUUUUCAGCACCAAUACCUUUGGGUUCGCCCCCAAUUCGACGUCGUUUGGGAAGAGACGACUCGCCUUGAAAUGUCGUCAGUCUGAGUACUUCGAGCAGCAGAGGCUCACUCCCCCAACUCCCCCGAGCACCGCUGCUUCUGCUGCUCAGAGUCCCUCCGGAGCUACUGCGGUGCCGGCUAGGUUUUAUGUGGGACACUCGAUAUACAAAGGAAAGGCGGCGCUCACCGUAGAGCCCAAAGCUCCAGAGUUUACGGCUUUAGAUUCGGGAGCAUUCAAAAUGUCGAGGGAAGGCUUUGUGCUACUUCAGUUUGCUCCUGCAGCAGGUGUGCGUGUGUAUGAUUGGAGCAGAAAGCAGGUAUUUUCGCUAUCAGUGACAGAAAUUGGAAGCAUAGUGAGCCUUGGUGCGAGGGAGUCCUGUGAAUUUUUCCAUGACCCCUUUAAGGGGAAAAGUGAGGAAGGCAAGGUCAGGAAGGUGUUGAAGGUGGAACCUCUUCCAGAUGGAUCUGGCCGUUUCUUUAACCUAAGUGUUCAAAACAAGCUUAUCAACUUGGACGAGAACAUUUAUAUUCCUGUCACCAGAGCAGAGUUUGCUGUUCUCAACUCUGCUUUCAAUUAUAUCUUGCCGUAUCUUAUAGGUUGGCAUGCAUAUGCAAACUCUAUAAAGCCAGAAGAUAUGAGCCGUGUGAAUAACGCCACUCCGAGAUAUGGAGGAGACUUUGAAUGGAGCCGGUAGUGAACGUUGCGGGGGCUCCCAGAAGUGCAAAUUAGCUUCUUUCUUAUGUGUUGUAACUGUAAUGUUAUUAGGAUUUAGGAAAUCCUAAAAUUUUGUUAAUCAGUAGCUACGUGUUUUAUGGAAAAUCUAGUACAGAUUGAAGAAUGAAGAGGCUGACCUUGUCCUCUUUUCUCCCA